AUGACGCAGCAGACGUUCGACCAGAAAACAUCCGAAUUCUUGAAUUGGUUCAGGGCACAACCCGGCACCACCUUCCACGAUGACAUCGAGGUUCGAGAUCUGAGAGACAGAGGCGCAGGCCGUGGAAUAGUCGCGAAAGCCGACAUUUCCCCGGACACCAUCCUCUUCACCAUCCCCCGCCAGUCCAUCAUCUGCACCAACACCUCGUUACUGGCCACCAAGAUCCCUGACCUGUUCAGCCCCCCUGAGGAACACGAAUGGGCUGGCCAUGACAUGAACUCCGAGGCCGAGGAUGGCGAGGACGACGAUGUAACCGACACGUCCCAAGACUCGUGGACCUCGCUCAUCCUCGUCCUCAUUUACGAGUACCUCCAGGGCGCCAGCUCCUCCUGGAGGCCGUACCUGGAUGUCCUGCCCACAAUCGGCGACUUCAGCACGCCCAUGUUCUGGGCCGCUGAUGAGCUGGCCGAGCUGCAGGCCAGCCCCGUCGCGGGCAAGGUAGGCAAGGACGAGGCGGAGAAGAUGGUGCGGACCAAGAUCCUGCCCGUCGUCAGGGCCCACCCCGCCGUCUUCUUCCCCGAAGGCUCAGCAGAGUUGAGUGACGAGGAGCUCGUCCAGCUCGCCUUCCGCAUGGGCAGCGUGAUCAUGGCGUACGCGUUUGACCUCGAGAAGGAAGACGACGAAGAGAAGGACGACGAGGACGCCGAGGACGCCGAGGAAGAAGACGAGUGGGUCGAGGACCGCGAGGGCAAGACAAUGCUCGGCAUGGUUCCCAUGGCUGACAUCCUCAACGCGGACGCGACCUUCAACGCGCACGUCGAGCACGGCGAGCACGCCCUCACCGCGACCUCGCUGCGGCCCAUCAAGGCGGGCGAGGAGAUCCUCAACUACUACGGGCCCCUGAGCAACGGCGAGCUGCUCCGGCGGUACGGCUACACCACGCGCGCGCACAGGCGGUGGAACCUCGUCGACCUCGCGUGGGAGCCCACCGUGCUCGCCGCGCUGAGGGCCGAGCUUCCGCUGCCGGCGAAGGAGUGGGAAAAGGUCCUGGGGUCGCUGGACGAGGAUGAGCUGGAGGAGGCGUCCGUGAUCGAGCGCGGGGCCGAGGACCCGGACUCUGAGGGCAGAGUUAGCGAGGUCGAGAAGGCGGCCGGCGCGCCCGAGGAGCUGGUGGAGCAGCUCAAGGUCGUGAUGAAAGCCGUCAAGAAGGUCAAGCCCGACGCCGUGCCUGACAAGGCCGCCCGGGAUAGGCUCAUCUACUCCGCCAUCGCCAGGGCGCUGGACGAGCGGACCAGGCAGUACGGCACGACGUUGGAGCAGGAUAUCAAGCAGUACGAGGAGGGUACUGAUGGCGCAGACCAGAAGCUGAGACGACAGCGUAUGGCCUUGGACGUCAGGAUAGGAGAGAAGGUCCUGCUGAGGCAGGCGGCCGAGUCUGUGAAGGCGAAGCUCGCCGAAUUGGCCAAGGCCGAGAGUGAUGGCGAAAAGCCCAGCGCCAAGCGGCGGAGGGUGUGA